GUAUGUUUUCUGAAAGGAUUCAUGGGUUAAACCUCAGGAAAGAACACAAAUUAGCUCUGCUUGAGUCACAUGCUUCUUCAUGAGUUGAUGGUUUGUCUGAGGAAAUACAGUGAUAUAACUGACUCAACCUUGUGGUUUAGUGGGACACUGAUUGACAGUUCUACCAAAAUUCCUCAGAGUGGAGAGGAAAUUCUCACCAGGAAAGUUGUCUAACUUUCAGACAAAAACAGUAUGCCCACCAUACCUUUUCUACCCAUUCUCCUUGUCUCCGAUAUUUCUAUCUAGAAUAUCCUCCAUGAUAUAAGAGAAAAUUAUUUUUCUAAAAUAUAGAGUGUAUUACAUAACUCUCCAAACCUUAAAAGCCUGUACCCUGCUUAGAGAACUUAGUACCAAUUUUUUAUAGGGCUUCAAAUAUUCACACUCUUUGACCCCAAUCACCUUUUCUUUCUUUCCCACUGUAUACCACCAAUACUAUCUGGUCCUUCAACACAUACUAUUUUCCCUCUUCUUGCCUUUGCUCAAGCUCUUCUGCUUGGAAUGACCUCUUUUUCUACCUUAGCGUGGGGGUAGUAGCCACUUUGUUUUUCUAGGUUGCAAGGGAAUUCAUUCUUUUGGUCUACCCAGAACUGCCCUUUCUAGGAUAACUGCUUCUCUGCCUUUGCAAUGAUGUAUUUAUGAAAGCCUUGCCAGUCACUUAGGCCACAUAAAUAAUCAUGCUUGUGGCCACAAUGAUUGACCCAAGGAUGAGCAAGAAACCCAAGCUGGGCCAAUUGGAGUCCUUCCAAGACUGAAGGUAGGCAAGAAAUACUCUUUUCUUCUGAAUCAUUGCUUUGGCAUGGUGUUUAGCACAAAGCCGCCAGUGACCAUGUUCUGUAAUACAAAGAGAAAGCUCAUAUCCAAUAGGAGACAACGAGGCCAACAUGCAAGGAGAAUCAGAUAAGAGAGGUGGAGAGACUAAGAGAGUCAAGGUGUUCUAGUGCUUGUUCUAAUAGUGCCAAACCAUAAUCUCUGUUUUUCCCUUAAAGUGCUUUAAAUUGAGUCUCUGUCACUUGAAAGAAGUAGUCUUCUGGGACUACGUUAAAUAUUUCCCCUUCUAUGCAGCCUUUCUAGACUGUACCCUUAUAGGCCUGUUUUAUUAUACAAUUACCAUCUGCCUUUUAGAAGGUAUAGUUAAAUAUUUACUUAUUCCACUAGGUUCAGUGAUUCAGUAACAUUUGCCAAAUGUUAUCAUGUUUCCCACUGGGCUAGACUGGGAGCUUGACUCAUAUCCCACUCGGCACAGAGCCUAGUACACAAUAGAGUUUCAAAAAAUGUUUAUUACAUUGAAUUGCUAAAGGUCAUUCAAAUAAGUGUUUUCUUCCCAUUGUGCCCAAUGACAUGUAUUUCUUUCUCCAUUCCAAGCUCUGUACUGGCAAUAGAAUCACAAAUGAUGUACCGUAUUUCACUGAAAAUGUAAUUUUUGAAAAUACCUGUAAACAACUGGAGACCGUAAGCUACAUUUGAAGCAGAAAAAGUUGUAGACAUUUGUAAAUUGGCUUCAGAAUCAACCUGUUCAUGAAAAUUCUGUGGCAGAAACAUCACCUGGUGCUGACAUGUUAUGAUCUUUCAUCCUGGAGCACGUUGGAGUCAAAACAGCUAACAGAGGAAUGAAGAACUCUACAUACAUCAAUUAUAAUACCUCAGAAAAACAAAAAUAAAAAAGCCACUUCCUUUAAGAAGUUGCAUCCCCUGUGGCUCAUCUAGUCAUUGGAUCUCCAGUUUGGAGAAGCUGUACUGCACAGGCCGUAAACUUAAACCCUACAGUUGCCAAGCUGGUAAUUGGAAUGAGUGAAUUGGUGAAGUGCUUGCGAGUCUAAAGGGGGCGCCUCUUCAGCUGAAUAAUGCCUUUUGAUAAUGUGGGCUGUGUUUUCUAGCCUUUUUCGAGAUUAGGAAGAAAUACAAGUUUUUAUGUUAAAUUAAAGAUUUGUAAAUGUCAACAAAUGAAAAUGUGGAGAAAAUAAAGGUGUAGCAACUCUGCGCUGCAAGUUUACCAUUUCUGUGCGGUUCAUGACUGAGGUCAGCUAGGACUUUGCAGUGGGUCUGAACAUUGUGAGGAAGAGCAGAAGUUAAAAACAGACGAAGAUUAAAAUAUCCAACAAUGAUUCGAGGGAGUGAAUUCUGCUUCAAAAUACCUGUCUACCUCAGCCUACGAGAUUCCAUCUACUAAUGAAACUCAACCGACACUUGAAAACCCGGUUUAUUUCAUUAGCCCUCAUCUUCCGCCUGCUGUCUCAGCUAAGUAGCUCAACGCGGUUCCCGGGAGAUGGCGGGCGUCACCGAUUUUUACACCACCCGGGACCAUCAAUGGGAUUAUCUGGAGUCGCACUUUGAAGGACUGUUAUGCCGGCACCUAGCAACACCAACGAACCUCUGGAGUAAUAAGUUGAUUGGCUUCUACGGCUGCUCAAGAAGAAAAAACUGCCCUGGAUUCAGGGAAGGAGUUCUCAACCGGAAGUUUUGCCUCGGGAUUUGAGCACUUCCUGCUUGGUAACUAAGGGCGCGAAACGGUUGCUAGAACUCCGGUAGCAACUACCUCUGAGCUUUGCAGAGUUCUUGGGUUUGCCUCAGGUGCAGCUCACAAGCGGUACGCGAAAGUGGAUCUUUCCUCGGCACCUUUUCUGAGAUUCCCCUAUCCGUUUGUCAUCAUGAGUAGUGAGUUCUUGGCGGAGCUGCAUUGGGAGGAUGGGUUCGCCAUCCCGGUGGCGAACGAGGAGAACAAGAUACUUGAAGAUCAGUUGUCAAAGCUGCAGAAUGAAAGGUCAAGCUUGCAAGAUCAGCUUCGUGACUAUGAAGAUCGAAUUAAUGCUAUGACUUCUCACUUCAAAAAUGUUAAGCAAGAGUUCUUAUUUACACAGUCUCUUUGCAAAGCCAGGGAGCAUGAGAUUGAAAGUGAAGAACACUUUAAGAUGAUUGCUGAAAGAGAACUGGGACGAGUGAAGGAUGAAAUUCAACGACUGGAAAAUGAAACGGCUUCAAUACAGGAAAAGAAAAGUGAUAAGGAAAAUUACAUCUUUAAAACUAUUCAAAAACUGGAUGGUUUGAAAUGUCAAAUGAACUGGGACCAGCAAGCAUUGGAGGCCUGGCUGGAAGAAUCAGCUCGUAAAGAUAGUGAUGCCUUCACUCUUCAGAAGUAUGCACAACAAGAUGAUAAUAAAAUUAGGGCACUGACCCUGCAAUUAGAAAGACUGACUGUGGAAUGUAAUCAGAGGAGAAAGGUACUUGACAACGAACUUGCAGAGACUCUAAGUGCACAGUUAGAAUUGGAUAAAGCAGCCCAAGAUUUUCGUAAAAUUCAUAGUGAAAGGCAAGAACUCAUUAAACAGUGGGAGAACACAAUAGAACAGAUGCAGCAGAGAGAUCGAGACAUCGAUAACUGUGCCUUGGCAUUAGCAAGGAUAAAGCAGGAGAUAAGAGAAAAAGAAAAUUUGGUUAAGGAAAAGAUCAAGUUUUUGGAAAGUGAGAUUGGGAAUAACACAGAGUAUGAGAAAAAAAUUUCUGUUGCUGAUCGCAAAGUUUUAAAAUGUAGAACAGAAUAUCAACGUCAUGAAACCAAUAGAAGCCAGCUGAAGGAUGAGCUGGAUUCUUUAAAAGCCACUGUGAAUAGAAGUUCCAGUGAUUUAGAAGCUCUGAGGAAAAAUAUUUCCAAAAUAAAGAAGGAUAUUAAUGAAGAAACAACAAGGUUACACAAAAUUAAAAAUCAUAAUCAGAUUGUAAGAAAAAAAUUAAAGCAGAUAACUGAGAAAACUAUGUCUGUAGAAGAGAAAGCUACCAACUUGGAAGACAUGCUAAAGGAGGAAGAAAGAGGUGUAAAGGAAGUAGAAGUUCAGCUGAACAUAUUGAAAGAUGUGCUAUUUAAGAAAGUUCGGGAAUUACAGACUGAGACAAUGAAAGAAAAAGCCAUUGUAUCUGAAAUCGAAGGAACCCGUUCUUCUCUAAAGCACCUCAACCAUCAGUUACAUAAACUGGACUUUGAAACCUUGAAGCAGCAAGAAAUUAUGUACAGUCAGGAUUUUUACAUUCAACAAGUGGAACGCCGAAUGUCACGGUUAAAAGGAGAAAUUAAUUCAGAAGAAAGACAAGCCCUGGAAGCAAAAACCGUUGAACUUAAAAAGACAUUGGAAGAGAAAAAAUCUACACUCAGCCUUUUGGAAGUACAGAUCAAGAAGCUUCAUAAUGAUCUUUAUUUUAUCAAGAAGUCAAAUAGUAAAAACUGUGAUGAAAAGCAGUCUCUCAUGACCAAAAUAAAUGAACUAAACCUUUUCAAUGACAGAUCAGAGAAAGAACUUAAUAAAGUCAAAGCUUUGAAACAGGAUUUGAUGAUAGAAGACAAUCUUUUAAAACUUGAAGUUAAACGUGCUCGAGAAAUGCUCCACAGUAAGGCAAAAGAGGUUCUUUCUUUGGAAAAAAGAAAACAGCAAUUACACACAGCUAUGGAAGAACGGACUGAAGAAAUUAAGGUUCACAAAACAAUGCUUGCAUCACAAAUAAGAUACGUUGAUCAAGAACGGCAAAACGUAAGUGCUGAGUUUCAUGAGCGGCUAAGUAAAAUUGAUAAGCUGAAGAACAGAUAUGAAAUUCUUACUGUUGUUAUGCUGCCUCCUGAAGGAGAAGAGGAGAAAACACAGGCCUAUUAUGUAAUAAAGGCUGCUCAAGAAAAAGAAGAACUUCAAAGGGAAGGUGACAGUUUAGAUGCUAAGAUCAACAAAGCUGAAAAAGAAAUCUAUGCUUUAGGAAACACCCUGCAAGUGCUGAACAGUUGCAACAACAAUUACAAACAAUCUUUUAAGAAAGUGACACCGUCUAGUGAUGAGUAUGAGCUAAAAAUCCAACUAGAAGAACAAAAAAGAGCUGUUGAUGAAAAAUACAGAUACAAACAAAGACAGAUCAGAGAACUACAGGAAGAUAUCCAGAGCAUGGAAAAUACCUUAGCAGUUAUAGAACAUGUAACAAAUAAUGUCAAAGAAAAAAUGUCAGAGAAGCAAGCUUAUGCACUUCAACUAAGCAGAGAAACUGAGGAGCAGAAGCCAAAAUUAGAGAGAGUAACUAAACAGUGUGCAAAACUCACCAAGGAAAUCCGUCUUUUGAAAGACACUAAAGAUGUAACAUUAGAAGAACAUGAUAUCAAACUUCGUGAAGUGAAACGGCUUCAUAAAAUCAUUGAUGAAAUGUUAGCGGAUAUUGCAGAAGAAAAUGCUGAGAUUGGUACUAUCCUUCAGACAUACUUCCAACAGAGUGGUUUAGAACUACCUACAGCUAGCACUAAAGGCAGUCAUCACAGUUCCAGAUCUCCUUCACAGACUUCACUGUUAUCAUCAGCAAGGUCGUCUAAGAGUACAAGUACUUCUACUUCUCAGACUUCAAUUAAAGUAUUAGAGCUAAACUUCCCAGCCUCUCCACUAAUUGGCAGCACUUCUAGACCAGCGAGUGUUAGCAGUGGCUCCAGUAAUGGUAAAAGCAAAAAGAGCAACAAAUAAACAUUUUAAUCUCUCUUUUGAACAAGUUAUAAACACAAAAACAAAAAUCUCAUAAUUUUAAAAUAGUAAUAUCCCAGGCUAUGCUUUUGAGUGCCACAUGUUUAUAAUAGAGGUAAAGGCAUACUCAGAGUGUUAGAAAUACAAAACAACCAGAUGAAAGUUUUACCUAGUGGAAAACACAAAAAGUGUUUUUUUAAGUCAAGUAGUUUGGGUCCAAAUAGACCAAAGAAAUGUUUAACUUUCUUAGUUUUUUUCCUACUAUUUUCUUCACAUAGAGGGAAAGCAGUAACAACAGAUUCUUAAUAAGGAUAUGUGUUAUACAGACAUAGGGAGAUGAUGUUUUUCACUGUUAUUCUGAUGUUUGUUAUAUUAGAAAAAGUUGCUUCAUUAUUUCAUGCUUGCCAUGAAACUACUCUUACUUCUAACGUAACUGCAUCUUUCAGGAAGAAAUUCAAGAUUCACUGUACUAUAGUUUAUAACACUAUUAAAAUUCUUUUACAUUAGCAGAUCCUAAAAUUAGUUUUCUUUAUUAAAAUAAACAUACUUCCUGGACUUUGGGGGAAGAAAUCUAUUAGUUUCUCUUUGAGCAAAAUUUAAACAUUUUUAGUCAAAAACAAACAAAAAAACCCCCAAAAAACCCAUUACCUUCCUUUCCACAAAGAAAACUGACAGAAAAGAGAACCACUGUGUAGCAAUAAAAGUGUAGCUUAAAUUUCUAGAAAGUAGUCCACUCUGAUCCUGAAAGAAGUUAAACAUAUUAGAGAUUUUGCUUUCAAGAUACAACCAAGAAUGUAUUUUUCAAGACUUUCUUCAUUUAAUAAAAAAUUUAAAGAAAGCUCAGUGUGAUUAGAAUUGCAAUGGAAAUUCCAUAAAUUUGCAGUAAAGGCAGACUACCGGAUUUAGUUAUUCCAGUCAAUGCUUUAUUGUAACAUGCGCCUGACACUUUGAACUCUUGGAAUUGAGGGUGAAGUAUGACUGUGUUAAAAAACUGAUUUUCAAAUAAACAUGAGAUUCUAUGUACUUAAAUGAGUACUGUCUCUUUCAAACCUUGGGGAAAAAAAAUUUGUUUUGACAACUGUCAUUGUUUAGAACUGUCAUUUGCAGUUCCUUCUGAAAGGCAAUAGUGGUAAUAAACUUAUUUCUCCUGAUCAUUAUUUAUUUAUUUAUUUAUUUAUUUAUUUUUCUGAUCAUUAUUUUUUUACUAUCAUUAUUAUUAUUUAGGAAUAGCCAGCAAAAGUCAUAGCCAAGUACAAUAAAUAAUGUGGUUUAAAAAGCUGAGUUUUUUUUUAAUUGUUUUGGUGAGAUUUUUUAAGACCUAAAAACUGAUGGUUUUAUGGUCACUUUGCAUGUUUACCAAAGUUCUCAUUCUCCACCCUAUUUUGUAAAUUACUUGGAAGUUGAAAUAUUAACACUGUAUUCUAUGAAGGCAGGUGUUACAUCUUAAUAGUUUUGUGACUCUAGGGAAGUUAACUCUCUAAGCUUUAUUUUCUCAUUUGUAAUAUAGAGACAGCUUCCUAUAUUGAAAGUUUAUUGAAAUAAUCAGAUAAUAUACACAAAAUGCACAGAGCCUGACACACUGGAAUUGCACAAUAACUUCUACCUAUUACUGAGCCACCAACCAAAGCCUAACACAAUAUUUGUGCAACAGUGAGGUUCUCAGGCCAGUAUACAAGUUUGUAUUUUACUCUUAAGUAACAGUUUCAUCUUCAGUGUAAUACUGUUAAAUGGUGAGACAAGGGAUCAACCCCAUCACCCCCAAAUCUGGAAAGUUACUAUAACGUUCACAUAUUGUUAAAGUCACCAAGAUAUAGCCUGAGUAUGUACAAACUGCAGACAUAAUGAUGUUAAGGAAAAAAAAAGUGCUGAAGUUAUUUAUCACUAGGGAUUCUUCACAAGUAAAUCUCUAAUGAUAUUUUUUUGCUAUGAUGGGUUUCCUGAACAUAGCCUUAGAAAUUGUCUUAAAUAAUCUGCUUAAGUUUAUAUAUGCCCCAGGAAAGAAGCUUUGAGGAAGAUGGAAUUUCUAAAUUCAGGCAGGCUGAGUAAGGUACUAUAAUAAUUUUUUUGUACCUGAAUUAAGUAACAUUAAGUCACAAAGGUGCUUUGGAAAAUGACAACGCUGUUUGAGAGUGAUGCUCAAAGAGCUUUUAUUAAAUGAAGUGUACGUAAAAUUCUGAAGCUGUAUUAGGAAUUCCUAAAGGUCAAGGCGUAUGUCAAGAGUUUCCACUCUUUAAAACACCACUAUGUAAGACUAUGUAGGGAUGAUAUCAGAAAUAUUUAAUACAUGGGAAGAACUAGGGACUCUUCAGAAGAUGGAUUGCUUGGUGCAAAGAUUAAUGCCAAAGUGACUGAUUUCUACUGCUAUUACCUAUUGAUUUUGACCAGAGUUUCUCUUUCUGUUCCAUUCAAAAACAAAUUUUAGCUUUUUCAUUAAGCUCCCAUCUCUGAAGUCUGAAGAUCGCAAACAAUACACACCCAGCUAUACUUAAAAGUUUUGGUAAUUUACUGUUGGCAAGAGCUGUGAAACAGACAAGGACUAAAUGUUUUUUUUCUCUAUUGUUCUUUUCACACAGACCUUUGUAGAUGGGUUCUCACUACCCUCCAUCCUACCCAUCCAGUAUCAUGAGUUGGAAGGAUUCAAAAGCUGAUUAUAAACUCCUGUUACUCCUAUUUACAUCUAUUCCAUUCUAUACAGUUUUCAAUAAUUUGGGAGGAUCCUUAUGAUCCAAGUUCCUUCCUUCUUUAACUCUAAUUGCUGAAAUGUAUUGUCAGGUUCUGUCAGAGAAAGGAGGUAUUGGAGGAAAGGUGUGAAGGAAGAAAAGCAGAAAUGUAGGCCAGCUCUAGGCUAUUUACAAACAUGCUUAGUGCCUUCCUAACUGGACAUCUGCAAUAGUAGGACAGUUUCCUAAUUUUCUUUCCCUUAGUGGAAAACCAGAUAUAUAGUGUGCUUCUCUUGCCACUGUUUUGUUUUGUUUUUUUUUUUUUUUUUUUGAAUAAGAGCAGUCUUUUCUACUCUGAUCUAUUCUUGAAUAGCCUGGAAUGUAGUCUCUUAGGGUCUUACCAAUAUUUAAAGAAAUUUCUUAGGGCUAUACUGCUAGCAAGAAGGGGAAAAAAAGAGAAAUCAACUUUAUGGCUUUAUUCCUAAGAUACUAGUCAAACAGCUGGUACAUAAACCAUUUUAGUUAAAUCAGACUUUAGAGGUCAAUUAGACAAGACAGAUAAUCUGUCUACCAUUUUAAAAUAAACAUUAUGCAAAAAAUUUAAUAUUUAAUGGUACUUAAGGAACAUUCAGCAAUAUCUCUUUCAAAAGCCAAGGGCUUUUAACAGAAAAGGGAAUUAAGUAAUUUUUGAUAAAAACAACCAACUGUUCAAUACACAAAUUUAAUUUUCUCUCAAACAGUAGGAUAAGGUGGACCCAAGGAAUUCUCAUACACCGUAAUACAAAGAAGGAACAAUACUUUGAGUUAUCUUUAGAUGAAGAAGUUUAAAUCAUCAGAGUAAGAAAUACUGUACAUAAACACACGUAUGAAAUACCUAAAAAAUCAAGCAAAGGGGACCUACAA